AUGCACCUGAGCUGCGCCCCCACCUUGGGUCUACAGGCUGCUGUUGCACGCAGGGCCACCGUCUGGACCCAUAGAUGCACCCCGCAACCGCCUCACCCUAGGCUCGGCAGGCACGUUCACGCGCGCAGGCCAACCCAUGCAGUGCAUGCGGACCCCCAGGGGACACUGCAGCCUCUGGAGUCCACCCCCCUGAUCCAGCUGGACUCGCCCAGCCCCGAGGAGUCACAUCAGCUGGACCUCCCCGGCGUGUACGCGGUAUACGAUGGCUCUGACACCCUGCAAUUUGUGGGCAUCUCCAGGAAGGUCGGAAUCAGCCUGAAUAGCCACGCGGAGUCUCUGCCGGACGUCGUGCGCGCGGCGCGGGUCCUCCCCCUGCCAGAUGCGAGCCGGGAGGAGCUGACGGAGGCAUGGAAGGCCUGGCUGCAGCAGUCUGUGGAUGCCACGGGGAAGAUUCCGCCAGGGAACGCUCCAGGUCCCGCCCAGGCCGCCUGGCACUCCCGCCGGGCUCGGAGGCCCAGGCCCGAGCUGCGUUUGACCCCAGGCAAGGGCCUGCAGGACCUCACCGUCAGCCUCGAGGAGCUGGUGCAGAAUGUGGUGCAGAGUCACAAGGUGGUCGCCUUUGUCAAAGGCACGCGUACCUCCCCACAGUGUGGGUUCUCCUACAAGGUGCUGACCCUGCUGAACGAGGCCAAGGUCGACUAUGAGGUAGUGGAUGUCCUGGACGAGCACCACAACCCCGGCCUCAGAGAGACAAUAAAGGCCUUCUCUCAAUGGCCAACAAUCCCCCAGGUGUACAUCAAUGGAGAGUUUGUGGGCGGGGCUGACAUUCUCGAGCAGCUGAGUGGCAGCGGGGAGCUUGUGGAGCUGGUCAACCCCACCAGCUGA